AUGCGUUCGGCCAUUCUCACCAAGGCCGUCCUCCUCUUCGGCAUCGCCGCCGCUCAGAUCGAACUGCCCGACAGCAUCGACAUUCCCGAUAACGUCGAGAUCCCCGAUUCCCUCCCCACCGAGGUUCCCGAUUGGGCCCAGGGCAUCGUCUCGGACAUCGCCUCCGGUGUCGCCCCGCAAGCCACCCCCACCGAUUCCGCGUCCAAUAGUCAGUCCACCCCUGGCUCCGGCACCGACUCGGACACCCUCCCCGGUCUCGUCGACCAGCUCCCACGGUGCGCCGUCAGCUGCCUCGUCAGCGCCGCCGACGACAUUGGCUGCAGCUCCACCGACUUUGCGUGUCUAUGCCGCUCCGGCACCGAUCUCGCGACCAGCAUCGGGCCCUGCGUUCUCCUGUCUUCGGGGUGCGGAUCCAGUGAUGCUCGACUUGCCGCAGAGGUCGCGCCCCAGAUUUGCAACAGAAUCAACAAUAACCCCCCUGCAGGCGAGGUUGCCUCUGCGUCCGCCAUUGUUGCGGGUGCUGCGGCGACAGCUGAUGGUGCAUCGCCCUCUGCGACCGAUGCCAAUGACAGCGCUGCUGGGCGGAGUGGUGUCAGCUUGAGCAUAGUCGCAAGUCUUGCCUUGAUUGCUCUUGUCGUUUAG